ACACCUGCCUUUCUUGUCUCUUCCACAGGGACUCACUCGCUGAGAUAUUUUCGUUUGGCUGUUUCGGAACCUGGCCCAAGGGUUCCCGAAUUUAUCUCUGUUGGGUAUGUGGACUCACACCCCAUCACCACAUAUGACAGUGUCACUCGACAGAAGGAGCCAAGGGCCCCAUGGAUGGCGGAGAACCUGGCACCUGAUCACUGGGAGAGGUACACGCAGCUGCUGAGGGGCUGGCAGCAGACAUUCAAGGUGGAGCUAAGGCACUUGCAGAGGCACUACAACCACUCAGGGCUUCACACGUACCAGAGAAUGAUUGGCUGUGAGUUGCUGGAAGAUGGCAGCACCACAGGGUUUCUCCAAUAUGCAUAUGACGGACGAGAUUUCAUCAGCUUCAAUAAAGACAGCCUCUCCUGGGUGGCUAUAGAUAACGUGGCUCACAUCAUCAAGAGGGCAUGGGAGGCCAAUCUGCAUGAGUUGCAAUACCAAAAGAACUGGCUGGAAGAAGAAUGUGUUGCCUGGCUGAAGAGGUUCUUGGAGUAUGGGAAAGCUACCCUAGAAAGAACAGAGCCUCCAGUGGUAAGAACAAGCCGAAAGGAAACUUUCCCAGGAGUUAUGACUCUCUUCUGCAGAGCUCAUGGCUUCUACCCACCAGAAAUUUCCAUGACGUGGAUGAAAAACGGGGAAGAUAUUUUCCAAGAAGUGGAUCAUGGAGGCCUGCUUCCCAGUGGGGAUGGGACCUAUCAAAUGUGGGUGUCUGUUGAUCUGGAUCCUCAGAGCAAAGAUGUCUAUUCUUGUCAUGUGGAGCACUGUGGCCACCAAAUGGUUCUUGAGGCCCCUCAGGAACAAAAAGAAGUCUACCAACCUACACAAGUCAAUGAGUGAAGCUCUCCCUCGUAGGAGCCCUAAUCUCUGCUUUCUCAGGCCACGCGUCUCAGCCACAUUCCUGACAGGAUUGGGGGGAAUUGUAGAACUGAACACUUGUGACCGGAAGAUAGGAACUACACAUUUUUCUUUGUUCUUUGGCUCCAGAAAAGCUGUUACCUUUCAGACUCUUGAUGGACUCCUGUCAC